AUGGAAUGCUUGAACUGCAAUCUCAAGCAGCGGCAGUUCUACUGCACUAACUGCAUCCGGGCUCAUACAAGAGAUUUCCGCGUUAAAUCGCAACAUAUUACGCCGGAACGCGACGAACAGGUUGCUCGUGCCAAUAAGGCGCUUGAGGGGGUCAAAGGGGCGAGAGAGCGACGGGCCGGAGUUGCACAGAUUCAGUUAAGAGUCGAUGAGCUUGUGGGUGCUCUUGCCAGGUUAAGGAAGGAUAAUGACAAGAAGCGCGACCGACUACGAAGUCUGCGCGAAUCCUUGGCUGAGCGUCGGAGAACGCUUGCUGCAGCAAAUGCGCUGAAUGUCGCCACUCCGAAUCCGAGCACGAUCCAUCCCUCACUUACUGCACCACUUAAUGCUCUCACCACUCUUUCGGCUUUCAUUUCGCGCGCGCGAUCUGGACUCGUGCAAGAGCUCGUUGAGGUGUUCAAUAUCGUGGAAGUUGGCGGAAGACCGCCUCUUGGGGGUAAAGCUGGCUCUGCCGGUCAAUGGACAAUCGGAGACCUAAUUCUGCCUGUUCCUGGCGAUGUCAGACGUUACCCACCGCAACAUAUCAACGCCGUCUUAGGGCACACAAUUCAUUUCAUUAAUCUGUUGAGCUUUUAUCUCGGUGUUAAACUGCCGUUCAAUGUGCAGUGGGAGGGAGGGAAACUUGGUGUUGGGGUGCCAUGGAUUGGACCUGGAAUCGGCGGAUGGGGAAGGUGGACUGCGAGUCACCCUCUGCAUCUCUCCUUGACUGCAGCACCAACACCAGCUGCUCCGCCGCAUAUUCGUGCGGCACAACCAACAGAUCUUUCCCUUUCCCAAUCCAUAUCUCAAUCAAUCGCCGAUUCUCUCAUCUCGGCUCGUGAUACUUUCGUUUCCCGCACUCCUUCCACCGCUUCGAAACCCGCAACCUCAUCACCACUAGCGACACAGAAUCCCGCACCUCCAGCACCGAAAUCACACUCACCUGAAACGACGCCUGCAUUCACAACAGGCCUUGCCAUGCUCCUCUUCGAUGUGUUAUAUCUGGCACACACACAAGGACUAGCGAUUCCACUUGCUCAAGCAGGCGAUGUGCUGAGUAAUCUUUGGGCAAUAUGUUGUGCAGCGGAAUUGGGACGGCGUGCCCAUUCAACGGUCAAUAUUGUCCCAACGACGAAUGCAGGGUUCUCUCUGCAGAGACUACCUACUCCAUCACCUAGCACAGUACCAGUCGACUUUGCGCACGUGGUGCAAGCUGUUGUGGGUGGCGGCGGACGAAGGGCUGCGAUUGGUCGCGUCGGGUCGUCCUCAAGUGUUUCUCCCACUGCAUCGAGUACAAAGGAGAGAGGAAAGAGGAAAGAGAACGUAAAGGCGGAACGAGAGGACGAAGACGGCUGGGAUUUAGUUAGCGAAGAAGGAUAUUAG